AUGCAGAGACGAUACCAGAAGAAGAGAAAGCCCAAGUCUCGCCAGAGUACUCCAGAGAGCUCCCACACCGAGGAAAAGCACAGUGAUUGUCGCAGCUCUCCGUCUAGUCGUGAAACAGAUGUUUCCUCCAACUCAUCUUUCCCGACCUCACCCCAGGCAGUAUCCGCUCCGACUCGUCGAUUCCUCCCGCACGAACGAUACCCAGAUCACUUCACUUUAAGCGACAUCGAGGUUCCAGUAGGCAACCUCGUCUUUCUCGCAUGCCCAGGCUCGGAAAAAAAGUGCCCCCAUUGCAAUUGCCAUAUCCGUCAUCUUGACUGUAUCGUGAUUGCAAUUGACGGUGCGUGUCGCAAUAAUGGCAAGGACGGAGCCCGGGCGUCAACUGGGGUUUAUUACGGCCAUGACCAUCCAUUGAAUGACGGUGUCACUCUUUCGCCAGAACUCAAACAGACAAGCCAGGUUGCCGAGCUCGCAGCCUGUCAGAGAGCUCUGCUUGCUGCGCACGUCUUGCAAAAGUACUGGGACAAGCUUACCGAAACGGCAGGAGAUGAAGAAGGAACACUUCACACCGUGGUGAUCAAGUCAGACUCGGAGUAUUUGGUACGCGGAAUAACCGAAUGGAUCUUCAAAUGGAAGGCCAAUGGUUGGACUACUGCAAAGGGCUUGCCUGUUGCCAAUCAAGAGCAUUUUCGUUCGAUUGAGCGGUAUGUGAAGGCUCUCGAAGAUGAGCAGGUCAUUGUUAAGUUCUGGCAUGUUCCGAGAGAAUACAACCAGGAGGCGGAUAAGCUGGCAACAUCUGCCCUCGAU